UCUAAAAGUUUCAGGAUGUCUUGGAAGCGAGUGGUGGCGAUUACUGGGUGCGACUCUGGACUCGGCUGGGCGAUAGCCGCACGCGCCGCUAGGGAGGGCUUGGUCACUGUGGCAGGAAUGUACCACGGCACCGACACGGCCGCGGCUCUGGCACUCAAGUCGCUGUGCGCUCACCCGUGCGAGCUCGACGUGACGGACCCGGCCAGCGUGACAGAGUUCAGGAAAUACGUGACGGACCUGCUGACAGACAACCCUAGUUAUAAAUUAUACGCAUUAGUCAACAACGCCGGAGUGAUGACGAUCGGAAACUAUGAAUGGCAAACACCGCAGAUAAUAGAGAACACAAUCAACGUGAACUUACUCGGAGCUAUGCGAACUUUGACGACAUUCCUACCUGAAUUGAGGAGGACAGCCAUAGAGGGAGCUGUAAAACCCCGUAUCAUUAACAUAGCGAGCCACUGUGGGCUGCAGCCUUUACCUGGAUUUGGGCCUUACAGCGCUAGCAAGGCCGGCUUGUUGGCACUGACUAAAGCGCUGCGGAUUGAAAAUCAAGAGUUCGGCUUAAAAGCAGUCUCAUUUAUACCUGGUGGCUUUGUAAACUCGAGUAGUUUGUUAUCAAACCAGACAAAAAAUGGAAAGGCGAUGCUAGAAGCUUUCGACGAUGAGCAAAAAAGUUUAUACCAAGACCGGAUAUCGAAACUUAUCAGCUAUUUACAGAAAAUGGGUGAUGAUGCGAAUUUUGAUUCUCUGACAGACGAAAAUAUACUUGAAACUUUUAUGCAGGCUCUUCUUACUGAUGAGCCCAAAGAAUUGUACAAAGUUGAAUCGUGGCGAUACAAAAUGUUUUACACGCUAUUCAAAAUACCAUUUCACGAGAGGAUUCGUGUAUGGCUGUUAAAAAGAUUUCUUAGCCUACCGUCGCUAGAACAUUCUUGAAUAAAUUGUAUCGAAAUUA